AUAGUUGUUUCGAGCGAAAAAUCGAUUCAGUCUUCAUUUACUCUCUAGAGUGGAUGUGUUUUAGUGGCAACUUUCUUCAAAAAUGACCACUAAAAAUAUAUGGUUUGCAUUAAUGUUAAUUCCCACUGUUUUUGGAGUUGACUUAGAUUACUUGUCGCCAGUACUACGAGAGCAAACAUUGGUAUGUCAUAGUAUAUUACAAAGAUUACAGUGUCAUUUGAAAUGUGGUGAGAAGAAAGCAAUAUGCCUUAAAGAUAAAUGUUUCUGCGUGCCAGAUGUAAUUGCUAGAGAAUUUGAUAGUUCGAUUAUUGUAGACAGUGAGAAAGAGGACGGCGUAAUUGAUUAUAUAGACAGCGAAGACAAUGAGGGUGAUGAAACUCGGAUCGAUAAUGUACCGUUUUAUGCUAUGCGACCAACAGUUCGGCAUCAUAUAGCACAUUUCUGUCCUAACCUUGAUAUCGCAAGAGAAUGCAUAAAAAAGUGCAUGACAGAAGGAAAACCAGCAUUUUGUGGGAAGGAUCACGUGUGUUACUGUGGCCAUAAGUACACUACCCACGAUAAUAAUUCAAAAGUCGAUGCGAAGGCCAUGUAUGCCCAGUUCCAUGAUUUGUACGCAAAAUACUUUGGAGUCGAAAAAUCUUCAAAUGAGAAAGACUCUGUGGAAGCGUAGAAUGAAAGUUGCGUAAUAAAUAUAUGUGAAUCAAACAUUAAUUCUAAAUCUGAACACAAAUUAAUGGAUUGAUUAGAAGAAUUUUCAAAUUAAAUUAUAAUAAUUGAAAUUUUUUAUUAAUAGUAUAUACCCAUAAAAGAAGACAUUUUUUUUGGAUUGUCAUGAUAAGCCAAU